AUGUGUGCCAUCCGUUCUAUCAUCGCUCCCUCUGACUUUAACUACAACACAGAUGGCUACGAGGGAGACGCCGCAGAAGACGGAAAAUCUCAGGACGGUUCUGAGCCGCUGCGCUUCAUUGACGAGUCCCCAACCAUGUCGCCCCAGUUGUGUGCAGCUCUGGGCCCGAACGGAGAGGCUGUGUCCCCCUCUCCCCUCGAGGGCCUUCUGCCUGGGGGAGACAUUGAGAAAGGACUGGAGAUGAAGAAGCUGGUGCUGUCUGGGUUCUUGGCCAGUGAGGAAAUCUACAUCAACCAACUUGAAGCACUCUUAUUGCCUAUGCGUCCUCUCAAAGCUACAGCCACAACCUCCCAGCCUGUCCUGACCAUCCAGCAGGUUGAGACCAUCUUCUACAAAAUCCAGGACAUCUUUGAGAUCCACAAAGAGUUUUACGAUGCACUUCUGCCCAACAUCCAGCAAUGGGACGAGAAGGUCACAGUGGGCCACUUGUUUCAGAAGCUGGCCAGCCAACUGGGAGUAUACAAGGCCUUUGUGGAUAACUACAAGGUUGCACUAGAGACUGCAGAAAAGUGCAGUCAGGCCAACAGCCAGUUUCAGAAAAUAUCUGAGAACCUCAAAGUCAGGGGCCCAAAAGACUCAAAAGACUGCACCAGCACUGUGACCAUGGAGGCACUCCUUUACAAACCGAUUGACCGCGUCACUAGAAGCACACUGGUCCUACAUGAUUUGUUAAAACACACUCCCAAAGACCACCCGGACUUCCCUCUUCUCCAGGACGCUCUGCGCAUCUCCCAGAACUUCCUCUCAUCUAUUAACGAAGAGAUCGACCCGAGGAGGACCGCCGUCACAACGCCCAAAGGAGAGGCUCGUCAGCUGGUGAAGGAUGGAUUUCUGGUGGAGGUGUCAGAAAACUCCAGGAAGUUGCGGCACGUUUUCCUCUUCACUGAUUUGCUCCUUUGUGCCAAGAUGAAAAAGACCGCCGUCGGCCGGCACCAGCAGUAUGAGUGUAAGUGGUACAUCCCUUUGGCAGACCUGACCUUCCAGACUCUGGACGAGUCAGACUCGUGCCACAGUGUCCAGGUGCUGCCCGAGCACGAGAUCGAGGAGAUGAAGAUGAAAAUCUCUGUCCUCAAGAGUGAGAUCCAGAAGGAGAAGAAAGCCCCCAAAGGCCAGAGUCGUGUGGAAAGGUUGAGGAAGAAGAUGAACGAGCAAGAAUCCUGGUUACUCAUGCACUCCCCUACGAUCCCUUUUCGCAUCCACAAUAAACAUGGGAAAAGUUAUCUCUUCCUGCUGUCUUCGGACUAUGAAAGAGCCGAAUGGAAGGAAAGCAUACAAAAACUCCAGAAGAAAGACCUCCAAAGUUGCGUUUUGAGUUCUGUCGAGCUCCAAGUUCUCACCAGCUCUUGUUUCAAACUCCGCACCGUCCACAACAUCCCGGUCACCACUAACAAAGACGAUGAGGAGACUCCAGGCCUCUACGGCUUCCUUCAUGUGAUCGUUCACUCUGCCCAAGGAUUCAAAGAGUCAGCCAAUUUAUACUGCACCCUUGAAGUGGAUUCCUUUGGAUACUUUGUCAGCAAAGCCAAGACCAGAGUGUUCAGAGACACCUCAGAGCCUCAAUGGAACGAAGAAUUUGAGAUCGAGUUGGAGGGCUCCCAGUACCUGCGGAUCCUGUGUUAUGAAAAUUGCUACGACAAAAGUAUGCUUAAUAAAGACGACAACGAGAUAGUGGACAAGAUCAUGGGCAAAGGGCAAGUGCAGCUUGAUCCUCAGACGGUGCAGUCCAAGAACUGGCACAUGGACGUCAUAGAGAUGAACGGGAUCAAAGUGGAAUUCUCCAUGAAGUUUACAAGUCGAGACCUCAGCUUGAAGAGAACGCCCUCCAAAAAGCAGAGUGGGGUGUUUGGAGUCAAAAUCAACGUGGUGACAAAGCGGGAGCGCUCCAAAGUGCCUUAUAUCGUCCGACAGUGCAUCGAGGAGGUGGAGAAGAGGGGCAUCGAUGAGGUGGGCAUCUACCGGAUCUCAGGGGUCGCCACAGACAUCCAGGCCCUCAAACUAGCCUUCGACACAAAUACCAAAGACAUCUUGAUGAUGCUGAGUGACAUGGACAUUAAUGCCAUUGCUGGGACUCUGAAGCUGUACUUCCGGGAGCUGCCGGAGCCUCUGCUGACUGACCGCCUCUACCCGGCCUUCAUGGAGGGCAUAGCUCUUUCAGAUCCAGCUGCCAAGGAGAACUGCAUGAUGCACCUCCUCCGCUCGCUGCCCGACCCCAACCUCAUGACCUUCCUCACUCUGCUGGAGCAUCUCAAACGAGUGGCUGAAAAGGAGCCCAUAAAUAAGAUGUCCCUCCAUAAUUUGGCCACUGUGUUCGGCCCCACACUCCUCAGGCCCUCCGAGUCCGAGAGCACCAAGGGACAGCACAUCACCUCCGCCUCCGACAUCUGGUCACAUGACGUCAUGGCCCAGGUCCAGGUGCUGCUGUAUUACCUCCAGCAUCCUCCCAUCUCCUUUGCUGAGCUAAAGCGCAACACACUUUACUUUUCCACCGACGUGUAA